GAUCGUCCCGUGCGCCCCGCUCGCCGCUCGCCUGCGUCCCCGGGGAGUCUGCUGCCCUGCACCCUGGAGCGCCGGGCCGCGAGCCUCUGCCGCCUUCCCCGGAUCCUCGCGGCCGUCGGGAGCCACUGCCGCGCGCCGGUGCCCGGGAGAGGGCCUCUGCCGCUGCACUUGCCCUGGAACUCUGGCUGUGCCACGUCCCCCUUGGGUAACACGGGCACCCCUGGAACAUGGCCGAUGAAGACCUCAUCUUCCGCCUGGAGGGCCUUGGUGGCCGCCAGUCCUCCCAGACUGGCCACGACGGUGAUUCUGACGCAGACAGUGAUGAGGAGGAAGGUUACUUCAUCUGCCCCAUCACGGAUGACCCCCGGUCCAACCAGAAUGUCAAUUCCAAGGUCAAUAACUACUACAGCAACCUAACAAAAAGUGAGCGCUAUGGCUCCAGCGGGUCCCCAGCAAGCUCCUUCCACUUCAAGGAAGCCUGGAAGCACGCGAUCGAGAAGGCCAAGCACAUGCCGGACCCCUGGGCUGAGUUCCACCUGGAGGACAUUGCCACAGAAUGUGCCACGCGGCACAGGUACAACGCUGUCACUGGGGAGUGGCUCCAAGAUGAAGUUCUGAUCAAGAUGGCCUCUCAGCCCUUCGGCCGAGGAGCAAUGAGGGAAUGCUUCAGGACGAAGAAGCUCUCUAACUUCCUGCACGCCCAGCAGUGGAAAGGGGCUUCCAACUACGUGGCCAAGCGCUACAUCGAGUCCGUGGACAGGGACGUGUACUUUGAGGAUGUGCGUCUACAGAUGGAGGCCAAGCUCUGGGGCGAGGAGUAUAAUCGGCACAAGCCCCCCAAGCAGGUGGACAUCAUGCAGAUGUGCAUCAUUGAGCUGACGGAGAGGCCAGGGAAGCCCCUCUUCCACCUGGAGCACCACAUCGAGGGGAAGUACAUCAAGUACAACUCCAACUCGGGCUUCGUCCGUGAUGACAACAUCCGCCUGACACCGCAGGCCUUCAGCCACUUCACGUUUGAGCGUUCUGGCCAUCAGCUGAUUGUGGUGGACAUCCAGGGUGUGGGUGACCUCUACACUGACCCACAGAUCCACACGGAGACGGGCACUGACUUUGGAGAUGGCAACCUAGGUGUCCGGGGAAUGGCACUCUUCUUCUACUCUCACGCCUGCAACCGGAUUUGCAAGAGCAUGGGCCUUGCUCCGUUCGACCUCUCGCCACGGGAGCAGGAUGCAAUAAAUCAGAACACCAAGCUGCUGCAAUCAGCCAAGACCAUCUUGAGGGGCACAGAGGAAAAAUGUGGGAGCCCCCGAGUAAGGACCCUGUCUGGGAGCCGGCCCCCCCUGCUCCUUCGCCUGUCAGAGAACUCUGGAGAUGAGAACAUGAGCGACGUGACCUUCGACUCUCUCCCUUCCUCCCCGUCUUCAGCCACACCACACAGCCAGAAGCUGGACCACCUCCAUUGGCCGGUGUUCAGUGACCUUGAUAACAUGGCAGCCAGAGAGCAAGAGCAUCUGGACAACCAGCGGGACUCUGAGAACAGUGGGGACAGUGGAUACCCCAGUGAGAAGCGAAGUGAACUGGAUGACCCCGAGCCCCGGGAACAUGGCCACUCUAAUGGGAACCGGAGGUGCGAGUCUGACGAAGACAGCCUGGGCAGCUCCGGACGGGUCUGCGUGGAGAAGUGGAAUCUACUCAACCCCUCCCGCCUCCACCUGCCGAGGCCUUCGGCGGUGGCCCUGGAAGUGCAAAGGCUCAACGCUCUGGACCUGGAAAAGAAAAUCGGGAAGUCUGUUUUGGGAAAGGUCCAUCUGGCCAUGGUGCGCUACCACGAGGGCGGGCGAUUCUGCGACAGGGACGAGGAGUGGGACCGCGAGUCAGCUGUCUUCCAUCUGGAGCACGCGGCCGACUUGGGCGAGCUGGAAGCCAUCGUGGGCCUGGGCCUCAUGUACUCACAGCUGCCCCACCAUAUCCUGGCCGACGUGUCUCUGAAGGACACGAAAGAGAAUAAAACGAAAGGGUUCGACUACUUACUGAAGGCAGCUGAAGCUGGUGACAGACAGUCCAUGAUCCUGGUGGCACGAGCUUUUGACACCGGUCAGAACCUCAGCCCAGAAAGGAGCCGAGACUGGCAGGAGGCCCUGCACUGGUACAACUCUGCCCUGGAGAUGACGGACUGCGAUGAGGGCGGGGAGUAUGACGGCGUGCAAGAUGAGCCCCGCUACACACUGCUGGCCAGAGAGGCCGAGAUGCUGUUCACAGGCGGCUGUGGCCUGGACAAGGACCCGCAGAGAUCAGGGGACUUGUACACCCAGGCGGCCGAGGCAGCAAUGGAAGCCAUGAAGGGCCGUCUGGCCAACCAGUACUACCAGAAGGCAGAGGAGGCCUGGGCCCAGAUGGAGGAAUAACUUGCACCCUGGUCCCAGGCAAAAGGGCCAGGAGGAAAAAGGGGGAAAAAAAAAAAAAAGACUUAAUUACUUCAGGGAGGGGAUUAUUUUUAAUAUGUUGUAAAUCAGCUUUUAUAUUUCAUUUUGUGACUCUUGAAGUUGUCUUUGCUGCUUGCAGAGACACUACAGCUGUCCCACAGGGGGAGCGGGGAUUGAAGAAGCAGCCUAAUGAGCUGACCUGUUAUUUUGAGGUUCUGUUUUUAUUUUUUAUUAUAUCUUUUUUUUUUUUUUAAUGUCACGAGAUGUUAGUAAUUGCUUUUCUGCCUCGGAUAGACAAUGUGAGGGCUUUGCUCCCGAGAUUUCAGGCUGCAUUGAAAUCUCAGGCCCCAGAGCCCCAUCUCUUGUCAGAACAUGGGCUUCAGGAGACCUGCACGUGAGCUUGUUGCAGGGCGCGCGUCAUCAGGACAUGCCACAGAGCCUUCUUCCUCAGAGCAUCUGGAAGCACGUGUGGCUUUUUUCAGUGGAUGUGACUUAUUUUUUAAAUACCCUGGGCCCCUUUUUACCACGGAGAAGAGCCUGCAUGCUGACUCAAGCUUUCUGAUCUUUUAGUUUAAUUUCCUCCUGUAAUCUGAGUGGUUUUCUGACACACAGUUAAAUUCCAUUUCUAAGCAUGCUUUCCACUGUGGGCUUCACAAAACAGAUCUGUUUGUAUGCGCACACUGACUACCUCCAACGCCUACGGCUGGCGUGGCUCCAGUCUUUCUCCAUGCGAAGACGGCGGUUGCAACGUGCAAGCCUUGCCUUCCAGCAGAUGGGUGUUGUGCAUCUCGAGGGCGGAUCCACAAAGUGACUCAAGUGCCCCCCGAUACAGCAUCCCAUGUUCUUGUACAGAAUCUGCUCCCCAAUCCCUACCUUCAGAUUUUCUGCUUGAGGCUGGGCUGGUUUUCUUAUCAUUUGCAGCCGGAUGCUUUCAGCAACAACCCCCUGAGGUUUCACUAAGAAAUUUGAGAAUGAGAGGCCAAGAACUGUAAACACUCAUUAAUCCCAGUCGAUUUCCCCAGGGUCAGGCUACAGUUGUCUUUAUUUAAUGUGCUUUCCGUGUGAAGAGUCCAGACUGAAUGUUAGUAUGACUUCAGUUUCAAAGAGCAAAGAAAACAGAUGGCUUUGAUCAAGCCCAAAAGCUAGAGCAGCCUCUUUCUUUGAAUUCAGACACACAAAAUGCAGGGUGUAGCUUACAAAGCCAUUCUUACCUGUUCAUUAGAAGAGAUCUUUCAACGCUUCAGUGUUGAACGCUACGGAGUCAUGAACUUGGACAGAGUCAGGAGGUGUGCCCAUAAAGGACGAAAACCAGAGUCAAAAUUCCUCUUGAAAAAGUCCUUCAGCCACCCAGAAAUUCCCUGAGAAGUUAGAACUCACCACCAUUUUGUCAUCUGUACCAGAUGAGUUAGUUGGCUUGCGGUCAUUUGUGUGUGUGUGUGUGUGUGUUUUAAACCAGUGUCUACAGUUAAAUCGCACAUGUUAAGUAUAAGAAGCAACUUUAUUGUGACUUGCCUCUUCAGAGUAAUCAGGCUCAUAGAAUCUGUGCUUUUUGUUGUUUAUUCACCCAGCUUCUCUGUCUUUGUCUCACAGAUUUUUGUUAUAUGUAUACUAUAUUUAUGUUCCCCAACAUCAUCUUCAUCUCUUUGUUCUUUAUCAUCUCUUCUCUGGCAGGAAUUGGCAGACUAUUGUGUAAGGGGCCAGAUAGUAAAGAUUUUAGGCUUUGCAGGCCAUUCACCCUCUGCUGCGUCCAGUCAGCCCUGCUGCUGGUGUAAAAAGGCACUCACAGAUUCUGGUUCCUCCAGCCAAUUCAUGCUUCGUUGUCUGGACUGGCUUGACCCACCACCCCCGUGAUCGAUCCCAUGGCUUCCCGUCAGGAGGUGGUUCCUUCCUCCUCCAGGAGGCUGGAAUGCUGCAGGUGGUCAGCUAAGCUGAUGCUUCUGGAAGGACCCUGGAGAGUAUAAAAGUAACUUGCAAGAUGUUGAGAUCCGUCUGAGCCAGUGGAAGAAUUUUAUCUUACCUUCAGUACUUAAUUGUGUGCCUUCUAACAUUGGGUGGGACCUCUUCGUUUAACACAAAUGCUGGGCAUGCAGAGAGAGAGAGCAAAUCGAGGAUAGUCCAGCCCAACGAGGAAGACCUCAGAGACAAUCUUCAGAUGCAAGAAGCAAGGAAAUUCCAGGAGCUUAACAGCCAUAAUGUCCCAUCAGGUGCCUUCAUGUCAUAGAUGGCAAAACCAAGGUUCUAGAAGUAGGUUUCUCUCGCAGUGAUACUACUGGCUAAAAGCUUCACCAGGCCUAGGAUUUGAGAGCUGUUGUUCCAUAGAAGAUCCUGGGAAUAUAAUUUGAAGUGAAACUUUCAGUUUCACUCUAGAUAAGAGGAAAAGACUUGAGGGAUAUGAGAAAGAAAGAAAACUCAAAUUUCUGAGUAUCCCGUCCCCACUUCCUUCACGUGGGACACUGAGAAUGUAUCAAAAUUUGACUUUGACAAACUUGUCUGCCAUAGUAAAGGCGUCCUACAGGUGUUGGCAUGGAUACAUGCAGCUUCGAUGGGAUUGGGGAAGGAGGAGACAAAAUAUGCACACUCUCCACCUGGAUUUGUGCCUCUCUCGUUUCUGAGGGAACCACUCAGCCCACUCAAGGUGGACACUCAGCGACAUCCAGGGAACAGUUUGCCGGACAGAUUGAUUUUUGCCUAUGUUCUGAGUUCCAUUUUGUCCUUCCAAAUAAAGUGGUUUCUUUCUUUU